CACAGAGCGUGCACCAGGGUAAGCACUGCUCCUGAUUGACACACAGCUACUGGACACACUGCCGCAGUUCCAGGGAGAGAGAGAGACUGCACUUCUUGCCUGAACACAUGACUGCGUGUCCGGGGAGCAUGCGUGUGCACUGAGUAGGAAGAGGAGGAUUGGUCUGAUGGGAUGGCAGACCACAGGAGCCCCACUCCCAAAGCCAGGAAGUUCGCCAGGGAUGCGCGGAGGACAGCAAGGCGCAGGAAGGGGCUUCCUGAAUUCCAGGAUCCCGAGGUCGAGGAGGACACACAAGCGGAAAAGUGGAGCUCCGGAGAAAAGUUUAUAAUGGAGAAGGUCCAUGAAUUCUUCCAGGAGUGCGGUGGGGGUGAGCGGGGUUUCAUCACGCGGGAAGACAUGAAGAAGCUCCAGCAGAAGUUUCCUUUCAGUUCUGAGGAGCUGGAGAUGGUGUUCGAUAAACUGGACGUUGACACCAAUGGCAUCCUGACCCCUGAGCAGCUAACUAAAGGACUGAGCCACUUCCUCAGCGACCAGAAGGAGGACGCGGGUGGUGCCCAUCUGAAGGAUCCUCCCGAAUCCCUGUACCAGUCCCAAAGCCUCCAGCAGCAGGUGGAGGCUGAAGAUGAGGAGAAGCAGCAGUUUGCCGCACUGAUGGGAAAGCUGGGAGCCGGUGCCAUCUUUGAAGAUAAGUCAGAGAUCUGGAAGCUGUGGAUCCAGCUUCGACGUAAUGAACCCAACCUGCUCGGACACCUGGAGGACUUCCUGUCCAAAGUAACUGGUCAAAUUCAGGAGACUCUGCAUGAGAAGGAGGAAUUGGAACGGACCCUAAAAAAGAAGAUGGUGGAACACAAUGCAGAUGUGCAGAGACUAUACGAGGAGAUGGAGCUCCAAAUCAACAACGAGAAGGAAAGGAUUGAGACUGAAAGCGUUGUGAAGUUCCAAGCCCAGGGGCAGGACCUACAAAAGGAGUUAGACAGCAAACAGGAUGAAGUGCAACAUCUGGUUCAGAUGCAGACACAGUUACAAGCGGAGCUCGCGUCUCUGCUCACGAAACAGGACGAGACCACCAAUGAGAACCAGGAGCUCAAACUGACCAAUCAGGAGAUGACGUUGCAGCUGGAACAGCUCCAACAGGAGCUGCGGGAGGCCCGGGAUCGGCUGGUGAUCGUCCAGGAGGAGGCAGCUCACCGGGAGGAGAAAAGAGGAGAGUGGGACCAAUCUCUCGGCAAAGAGGGGCCAUGUUCGGAAGAAGCUGUUCAGCAGUUACAGGCGGAGCUCGCGUCCCUGCGCAGUAAACAGGAUGAGACCAGCACUGAGAACCAGGAGCUCAGAGCGACCAAUCAGGAGCUGGAGACGCGGCUGGAGGGGAUCGGACAGGAGCUGCGGGAGGCCCGGGAUCGGCUGGAGGGGAAGAGAGGAGAGUGGACUCAAACUCCGGACAGUGAGAAGCUGCACUCUGAAGAAGGCGAUCAGCAGGAGGCAAGACGGAGGAAUCUAAAGUCCGAAGACCUUCAGUCCGGACAGAGAAACCUGGGCCACAUAAGUCGCAUCAUCUCCAUUGAAGAGGAGCCUCUGCCUCAGCAGGAUCCUGGGACCCAUGGUUCAGUGAUCACCAGGCAGGAGGUCGGUGUGAGGGCUCUCAGCGGUGGAGAUGCCGUCUUUGAAGAGGCAGCUGGGCCCCUGUGGAGAGAUGGAGCAACGGAUCCAAUCGCAGAGUUACAGGCGGAGCUCACGUCCUUGCGCAGUAAACAGGACGAGACCAGCACUGAGAACCAGGAGCUCAGAGCGACCAACCAGGAGCUGGAGAUGCGGCUGGAGGGGAUUCAACAGGAGCUGCAGGAGGCCCGGGAUCAGCUGGUGAUCCUCCAGCAGGAGAAGGAAGGAGGCCGGGAUCAACCCUCUGGCAGUGGAAGUGCAGAUUCUGAUGAAGCAGUUCAGCAGUUACAGGCGGAGCUCGCGUCCCUGCGCAGUGAACAGGACGAGACCAGCACUGAGAACCAGGAGCUCAGAGCGACCAAUCAGGAGCUGGAGACGCGGCUGAAGGGGAUCCAACUGGAGCUGCGGGAGGCCCAGGAUCGGCUGGUGAUCCUCCAGGAGGAAGCAGCUCACCGGGAGGAGAAAGAAAGAGAAUCGGAUCAAUCUCCGGGCAGUGCGGGACUGCGUUCUGAAGAAGCUUUCCAGCAGUUCCAGGAGGAGCUCGCGUCCCUGCGCAGUAAACAGGACGAGACCAGCGCUGAGAACCAGGAGCUCAAAGUGAACAAUCAGGAGCUGGAGACGCGGCUGGAGGGGAUCAGACAGGAGCUGCGGGAAGCCCGGGAUCGGCUGGUGAUCCUCCAGGAGGAAGCGGCUCACCGGGAGGAGACAGGCGGAGAGUUGGAUCGAUCUCCAGACAGUGCGGGACCUUGUUCUGAAGAAGCUUUCCAGCAGUUACAGGCGGAGCUCGCGUCCCUGCACAGUAAACAGGAUGAGACCAGCACUGAGAACCAGGAGCUCAAAGUGACCAAUCAGGAGCUGGAGACGCGGCUGGAGGGGAUCCGACUGGAGCUGCGGGAGGCCCAGGAUCGGCUGGUGAUCCUCCAGGAGGAAGCAGCUCACCGGGAGGAGAAGGGCGGAAACUUGGAUCGAUCUCCAGACAGUGCGGGACCUUGUUCCGAAGAAACCUUCCAGCAGUUACAGGCGGAGCUCGCAUCCCUGCGCAGUAAACAGGACGAGACCAGCGCUGAGAACCAGGAGCUCAGAGCGACCAAUCAGGAGCUGGAGACGCGGCUGGAGGGGAUCGGACAGGAGCUGCAGGAGGCCCGGGAUCGGCUGGUGAUCCUCCAGGAGGAAGCGGCUCACCGGGAGGAGAAGGGCGGAGAGUUGGAUCAGACCCCUGGCACUAUGGGACCAUGUUCUGAAGAAGCUAUUCAGCAGUUACAGGCGGAGCUCGCGUCCCUGCGCAGUAAACAGGACGAGACCAGCACUGAGAACCAGGAGCUCAAAGCAACCAAUCAGGAGCUGGAGACGCGGCUGGAAGGGAUCCAACUGGAGCUGCGGGAGGCCCGGGACCGGCUGGUGAACAUCCCGGAGGAGAAAGAAGGAGGCCGGGAUCAACCCUCUGGCAGUGGAAGUGCAGAUUCUGAUGAAGCAGUUCAGCAGUUACAGGCAGAGCUCGCGUCCCUGCGCAGUAAACAGGACGAGACCAGCACUGAGAACCAGGAGCUCAAAGUGACCAACCAGGAGCUGGAGACGCGGCUGGAGGGGAUCCAACUGGAGCUGCGGGAGGCCCGGGAUCGGCUGGUGAUCCUCCAGGAGGAAGCGGCUCACCAGGAGGAGAAAGAAAGAGAGCGGAGUCGAUCUCUGGACAGUGAGCGGGCACAAGCUGAUGAAGCUGUUCAGGAGUUACAGGCGGAGCUCACGUCCCUGCGCAGUAAACAAGAUGAGACCAGCACUGAGAACCAGGAGCUCAGAGCGACCAAUCAGGAGCUGGAGACGCGGCUGGAGGGGAUCCAAGAGGAGCUGCGGGAGGCCCAGGAUCGGCUGGUGAUCCUCCAGGAGGAAGCAGCUCCUCGAGAGGAGAAAGAAGGGCUCCAGAGAACUCGCUCCAUCCGACGCCGUGCCGCUGCCAACACUUCGAGCAAACCAGACACCCGGGGAGUGGACCCUGGACUCCCCCACCUGAUGGUCGAAGGUCAGGACGUGACCCCGGAAGGAGGCGGAGAUGGAGCCCACGAGGAAACAGCAGUGGCCUCGGCAAGAGACGGAGCAGCAGAGAGAAUCGAAGAGGUAGCUGGGCCCGGGAAACAAACCCCCUCCACGUUACAGGCGGAGCUCGCGUCCCUGCGCAGUAAACAGGACAAGACCAGCACUGAGAACCAGGAGCUCAGAGCGACCAAUCAGGAGCUGGAGACGCGGCUGGAGGGGAUCGGACAGGAGCUGCGGGAGGCCCGGGAUCGGCUGGUGAUCCUCCAGCAGGAGGAGGAAGGAGCAUUGGAUCAAGCUGCCAGCAGCAGGAGAUUGCUUUCUGAGGAAGCUGCUCAGCAGUUACAGGCGGAGCUCGCGUCCCUGCGCAGUAAACAGGACGAGACCAACACUGAGAACCAGGAGCUCAAAGUGACCAAUCAGGAGCUGGAGACGCGGCUGAAGGGGAUCCAAGAGGAGCUGCGGGAGGCCCGGGAUCGGCUGGUGAUCCUCCAGGAGGAAGCAGCUCACCGGGAGGAGAAAGAAGGAGUGUUGGAUCAGUCUCCAGGCAGUGAGGGAGUGCUUUCCCAUGAAGCUGUUCAGCAGUUACAGGCGGAGCUCGCGUCCCUGCGCAGUAAACAGGACGAGACCAGCGCUGAGAACCAGGAGCUCAAAGUGACCAAUCAGGAGCUGGAGACGCGGCUGGAGGGGAUUCAGCAGGAGCUGCAGGAGGCCCGGGAUCGGCUGGUGAUCCUCCAGGAGGAAGCGGCUCACUGGGAGGAGAAAGAAGGACUCCAGAGAACUCGCUCCAUCCGACGCCGUGCCGCUCCCGACUCUUCGAGCAAACCGGACGCCCUGGGGGAGGACCCUGGGCUCCCCCACCUGAGGGUCGAAGGUCAAGCCGAGACCCUGGGAGAAGGCGGAGACGGAGCUCACGAGGAAACAGCAGCGGCCUCGGCAAGAGACGGAGCAGCAGAGAGAAUCGAGGAGUUACAGGCGGAGCUCGCGUCCCUGCGCAGUAAACAGGACGAGACCAGCACUGAGAACCAGGAGCUCAAAGUGACCAAUCAGGAGCUGGAGACGCGGCUGGAGGGGAUCCAAGAGGAGCUGCGGGAGGCCCGGGAUCGGCUGGUGAUCCUCCAGGAGGAAGCAGCUCACCGGGAGGAGACAGAAGGACUCCACAGAACUCGCUCCAUCCGACGCCGUGCCGCUCCCGACUCUUCGAGCAAACCGGACACCCUGGGGGAGGACCCUGGGCUGAGAGUCGAAGGUCAGGACGUGACCCCGGGAGAAGGUGGAAGUGGCUCCCACGAGGCCUCAGCAAGAGACGGAGCGGCAGAGAGAAUCGAAGAGUUACAGGCAGAACUUGUGUCCCUGCGCAGUAAACAGGACGAGACCAGCGCUGAGAACCAGGAGCUCAGAGCGACCAAUCAGGAGCUGGAGACGCGGCUGGAGGGGAUCGGACAGGAGCUGCAGGAGGCCCGGGAUCGGCUGGUGAUCCUCCAGGAGGAAGCAGCUCACCGGGAGGAGACAGAAGGACUCCAGAGAACUCGCUCCAUCCGACGCCGUGCCGCUCCCGACUCUUCGAGCAAACCGGACACGCCGGGGGAGGACUCUGGUCUCCCCCAGCCAAGAGUCGAAGGUCAGGACGUGACCCCGGGAGAAGGCGGAGAUGGUGUCCACGAGGAAACAGCAGCGGCCUCGGCAAGAGACAGAGCAGCAGAGAAAAUCGAAGAGUUACAGGCGGAGCUCGCGUCCCUGCGCAGUAAACAGGACGAGACCAGCGCUGAGAACCAGGAGCUCAAACUGGCCAAUCAGGAGUUGAAGGCACAAUUGACGCAGAUCCAAGAGGAGCUGCAGGAGGCCCGGGAUCAGUUGGUGAUCCUCCAGGAGGAAGCGGCUCACCGGGAGAAGACAGAAGGACUCCACAGAGCUCGCUCCAUCCGACGCCGAACCACCCGUGACACUUCGAGCAAACCGGACGUGACCCCGGGAGAAGGCGGAGAUGGAGCCCACGAGGAAACAGCAGCGGCCUCAGCAAGAGACGGAGCAGCAGAGAGAAUCGAAGAGGCAGAGAGCUCCAAGAACCCCGAUCAGGUCUACAAUGUCAUGUUUGUUGGGAAUACCAAUGCUGGGAAAACAUCCUUCAUCCAGCAUUUCUGUGAUGGCAAUUUCCAGCCAGGAUUACCUUCCACGAUAGGGAUAGACUAUCGAGUGAAGACCCUGAAGGUGGAGAACAGGCACAUCGCCCUCCAAUUGUGGGACACUGCAGGUCAGGAGCGGUUCCACAGUGUGACCAAACAGUUCUUCAGGAAGGCUGACGGGGUGAUUGUGAUGUACGACAUUGCAUCCUCGAGCUCAUUCAUAGAGGUGCGCUACUGGCUGUCCUGUGUCAAGGAAGCGGCAUCUGAUGAGGUCUGUAUUCUCCUGCUGGGAAACAAGCUGGAUGAAGCUGCCCACCGUCAAGUCACCAGAUCUGAGGGAGAACGACUUGCUCAGGAGUACAACAUUUUGUUCUAUGAAUGCAGUGCAUGCACUGGUCAAAACAUCAUCGCCUCCAUGGUUCAUCUCUCAAAAUCGCUGAAACAGCAGGAAGAGAGGAUGCAAGGACUGCCGGUGGAGCUGGUGAAGAGGCCUGAACGGAAACGGAAAUGCUGCACGUAGUCCAAUGACAACCCUCAGCCGUGGGAUGGGACACAAUGCUGAGAUAUCGUCACACCACACUGUCCCAUUGCGGUGGGGUGGGAUGCAAUGCUGAGAUAUCGUCACACCACACUGUCCCAUUGCGGUGGGGUGGGACGCAAUGCUGAGAUACCGUCACACCACACUGUCCCAUUGCGGUGGGGUGGGACGCAAUGCUGAGAUACCGUCACACCACACUGUCCCAUUGCGGUGGGGUGGGACGCAAUGCUGAGAUACCGUCACACCACACUGUCCCAUUGCGGUGGGGUGGGACGCAAUGCUGAGAUAUCGUCACACCACACUGUGCCAUCGCGGUGGGACACGGCGCUGAGAUACCGUCACACCACACUGUCCCAUCGCGGUGGGACACGGCGCUGAGAUACUGUCACACCACACUGUCCCAUUGCGGUGGGACACAGUGCUGAGAUACCGUCACACCACACUGUCCCAUCACGGUGGGAUGGGACGCGGUGCUGAGAUAUCGUCACACCACACUGUCCCAUUGCGGUGCGGUGGGAUGCAAUGCUGAGAUACCGUCACACCACACUGUCCCAUUGCGGUGGGAUGGGACGCGGUGCUGAGAUACCGUCACACCACACUGUCCCAUUGCGGUGGGGUGGGAUGCAAUGCUGAGAUACCGUCACACCACACUGUCCCAUUGCGGUGGGGUGGGAUGCAAUGCUGAGAUACCGUCACACCACACUGUCCCAUUGCGGUGGGGUGGGACGCGGUGCUGAGAUACCGUCGCACCACACUGUCCCAUCGCGGUGGGACACGGCGCUGAGAUACCGUCACACCACACUGUCCCAUCGCGGUGGGACGCAAUGCUGAGAUACUGUCACACCAAACUGUCCCAUCGCGGUGGGAUGGGACACGGUACUGAGAUACCGUCACACCACACUGUCCCAUUGCGGUGGGACGCGGUGCUGAGAUACCGUCACACCACACUGUCCCAUUGCGGUGGGGUGGGACACGGUACUGAGAUACCGUCAUCUUACCCCCCCACCCUGUCCCUUCCUUCCACCUAUCCCUUUCCCCUGUCCUGUCACUCCAUCCCAUCACUCCGUCCCACCACCCUGCCCCGUCACCCUGUCCUGCCACUUUGUCCGGUGAUCGUUCUCUUGCCACCGUCUCACUACAUUGUCCCAUCUCACCGUUCCAUCACCACCUGACUCAGUCUCUGUCUCACUGUCCCAUCCCACUCCCCUGCUGACUACCCUGCCUCACUGUCCUGCCACACUCUCCUAGCACCAAGUUCUCCCGCCUGUGUCGGAACACCCUCCAUUACACCGUCUUACAAUUGUCUUAUAUCACAAGUCCCUAUUGCACCGUCCUCUCCCUGUGUGAUGUCCCACUGUGGAUUAUCCAGACCCAGUGUAGAAUUCCCCACAGUGCCAUGGUGCAGUGUAUCCAAGCUCAGGAGGGUACUGCACGCAUUCAGGGAUUACAUGGCCUUACUUAUAGAACCAUAGAACCAUACAGCACAGAACAGGUCCUUCGGCCCACCAUGUUGUGCCAUCCAUCAAACCACCCUCACACUACCUAACCCCUUCCUCCUGCAUAUCCCCCCAUCCCACACUCCUCCAUAUGCCUAUCCAACAAGCUUUUGAACCUGUCCAAUGUAUCUGCCUCCACCACCACCCCAGGCAGUGCAUUCCAUGCACCAACCACUCUCUGGGUGAAAAACCUCCCCCUGACAUCUCCCCUGAACCUGCCACCCAUAACCUUAAAGCCAUAUGUCAAUAAAUUGGAGGAGUUGGAGAUACAAAGCGUGUCCCAGUGGGUUCUGGGCUCCCUCCAAAGUGUCAGAGUUACACUAUUGGUGGAACCUGCUUCAGCAUCAGGUCAGGAUAAACCCUGGGCAAGCCUCUUGAUCUGUACCCCUGUCCAUGGACUAGAUGACCACUUGCUCCAGCAGCAACACUCUGCGCUGUCCAUCUGCAGGAGGCCUGGCACUGACUCACCAAGGUAGCGCCUGCCCUUUCCCGCUGAGUUACAUGGCAUCCGGAGUUUUCAACCAAUAACUAGUCCUGCAUCAGCACUGAUUCCAGAUCCUAAUGUCUUCCACAAACACCUUCAGCACACGUCACUGGAGUGCAGUGACACCAUAAGGCUUCGCUAGUUCGCCAGCACCUUCAUAAGGGCAAUAAGGAAUGGCUAUUAAAUGCUGGCUUGGUAGCAAUGCCCACUUUCAGUUAAAGCUAGAACCUCCUCCUCUGUCCCUCUUCUCUCUCCUCCUGAUCUACCCAGUCCCUCAGCCCCCAUCACCCCAACUCUUCCCCCUCCCCCCACCCUCGCCACCUGCCCAUCACCCACACUCUCCUCCCACUGGUUCCCCUCCAUCCCCCCCCCCCCCCAUUGUUCCCACCUGCCCUCCCCACCUCCCUCACACGAUCCCACCUUCCUCUCCCAUCAGAUUCCACCCUUGGUCACCUCCACCAGUCACCUCCCAGCCUCUGUCGCCUCUCCCCUCUCCCCUCCUCCAUCUGUCUAUUGCCCCUCUUCACCUGGAUCCACCUAUCACCUGCCAGCUCUUGCUCUGCGCUCUGGCUAUCUCCCCUCUAUCUUUCAGUCCAGAUGAAGAGUCUCGACUUGAAAUGUUGCCUUUCCAUUUCCCUCCAGAGAUGCUGUCUGUGACUACAGAUUCCAGCAUCUGCAGUGUUUUAUGUCUCCACCCCUACAGGUGUACCAGUUCAGUGGUUCACCAAAGGCCGUUUAAGAGUACCGCUGGGUGGUUCAGGACUGUUGAGCCCCAGGGAGUUGUGGGUUACUGAAAUAAAUGACCUUUCAGAAGGAACAGCCUUUCCUUUGAGGUCUGCACCAGUGUAGAAGGAAGCCACCUCAUGUCUGGGGUAAGAAUCCCAUUGGAUGGGGAAGGGGAAUUGAGGUUCAGGGCCGAUGGAUCGGCAGUGGGAUUGAGGUGGGAGUUGGCUAUCAGGAUUGUGGUGUUAGGAGUAGGAUCAACAUUCAGGGUUGUGGGGGGGUGGGGGGAAAUAGUCGGAGGAGGGAAUCGGAGAGGAGCAGUCAGGUGAUAGGAUUGGCAGUCAGUGGUAGUUACCAAUAGUCACGGUGAGGUCGCAUUAGCUGGGGCUGUGCAAUCAGUGUUUGUGGGUGGUGGAUGCUGGGGGAGGGAUGUGUUGGGUCAGUAGAUUGUUGGGAGGAGGAAAACAGUUCAGAUGAAGGUUGUGAGCCUGCGUUGCCUGGGAAACGGUGGGUGGUGGAGAAUCUGAAGGAGACUUCCCAAAGAGAGCCCACCGAAUUAGUUUCCACAACCUGCCUGGGACUUGCCCAGAUGGGUUGCCGUUAAACCACACACACACACACACACACACACACACACACACAGACACACACACACACACACACACACACACACACACACACACACACACGCAGGAUUUGGCUGUGGUGACCUGUACACUGUGGGAUAUCAUGUGGCGCUGAAGGUCCUGAACAUGGCAUCCAGCCACAUGUAAACCACUGUAUAACCCGGACACGCACCAUGGUCACAAACUUUGUGCAACUUGUAAGAAGUUAUCUUUAUUUUAUCAUUGAAAUUGUAUCACAGAGCACUGAAAGAAAUGAUGAUACCAGUCCAAUUCUAGGUCUAACUUGUGUACAACUGUUAAAGUUAAUACUGUAUAGAAUCCUGAGUGACUUAUUUCUAUAGCAUGCAGAUGUGAUUCCUGAUUCGAUGCACGCCUGGCCCCUCAUUUACUCGGUAUCUCACACUCCCACAUGCACAGGUCAUGCUUUCACUGGUUCUGUAUCCUUGGUAAAUUUGCUGUGUUUGAAAAUAUUUUACAGAAAUAAAAGUGCCUUUGA